CCGGGRGGGCGGGCCGCCAGGGGGCGCCACAUCCGGGGCGUGACGGCGCCGUCAUGGCGGCCGCGUUCAAAACUGUGGAACCAUUGGAAUAUUACAGGAGGUUUUUGAAAGAGAAUUGUCGGCCUGAUGGRAGAGAGCUGGGUGAAUUCCGGACAACCACUGUUAACAUAGGUUCAAUUACAACUGCAGAUGGUUCUGCCCUGGUGAAGCUAGGAAAUACCACGGUCAUUUGUGGAGUAAAAGCGGAGCUUGCAGCACCUGCAGCAGAUUCUGCUAAUAAAGGAUAUAUUGUUCCAAAUGUAGAGCUGCCAUCCCUCUGUGCAGAGAGGUUUCGGUCUGGACCACCUGGUGAAGAGGCUCAAGCAGCGAGCCAGUUCAUCGCAGAUGUGAUUGAAAAUUCGCAGAUGAUAGUGAAAGAAGAUCUGUGUAUUGCCAAUGGCAAGCUUGCUUGGGUGUUAUACUGUGAUAUCAUAUGUCUGGACUAUGAUGGAAACCUUCUGGAUGCCAGUGUCUUUGCUUUGUUGGCAGCAUUAAAAAAUGUACAAUUGCCGUUGGUUACAAUAAAUGAAGAAACUGGUUUAUCAGAAGUUAAUUUGAAACAGAAGAAUCCUUUGCUUAUCAGAAAGCAUCCGGUUGCCACAUCGUUUGCUGUAUUUGAUGACAMCUUACUCAUUGUUGACCCAACUGCUGAAGAAGAAGAUUUAGCAACUGGAACAGUAACCAUUGUAACUGAUGAAGAAGGCAGACUGUGUUCUGUCCAUAAACCAGGUGGAAGUCCUCUUACAGGAGCCAAGCUUCAGGACUGUAUCACCAGAGCAAUUACAAGACACAAAGAAGUAAAGAAGCUGAUAGACAAAGUAAUAAAAAGUAUAACACCCAAGUAA